CAUUCCGGAGAGAGAAGAAGACAAUCAACAAGAGCGAAAAAGAAAGAAACCAAAAUCAGAGGCUAAAGCCGUAAAGGAAACAGGCAGCCAUGAAUUCUCAACAAUAAUAUUUCUUCUUUAUAAGGGAGGUGGAGACCGCGUUUGGUUGGUGGGCAGCCCAAUUCACAUCUUCAAUUUUUUCUUUCCUUUUCAAGAUUUGUUUGUAUCUAUACAUUGUCGUCUUCAUAAUCGAAGAGAAAAACCAGAAAAAGAAAAAGGUAAUCUACCAUCUUUCUUUGUAUUUCUCCUUUCUUAUUCUUUAUCUUCACCCUUCACCCUUCCCCCAUGCGGCGAGGCAGAGCCACCACGAAGCAAACAGAUCUAACAGCCAAACCGAUCGCGCCCGAUUCGACCAACGCGGUGAAAGAAAUUCGGUUUAGAGGCGUCAGAAAGCGACCAUGGGGUCGAUUCGCCGCCGAGAUCAGAGAUCCUUGGAAGAAGACCCGCGUCUGGCUCGGUACUUUCGACUCUGCCGAGGACGCCGCCCGCGCUUACGAUGCCGCUGCACGCUCCUUCCGUGGACCCAAGGCCAAAACUAACUUUCCCACAACACAAUCGUCUUCGAUUCCUCCUCCCGUCUACCCGCAAUAUCAAGGCCAUAAUCGUCAUCAUCGCCAUCCGCAGGAGGAUGGUGGAUUCUCCAAGUACGAGCCGGUUCAGGUCAACCGGCCAACCAGCAGCAGCAUGAGCAGCACGGUCGAGUCCUUUAGCGGGCCCAGAAUCGCUGUCUCCGCCAGCGCCGUCGCACCGAGAGCCCACAAGAGGAGACCCGUACAGCAGCCGCCUCUGCAGCCCGAUGAUUGCCAUAGCGACUGCGAUUCCUCAUCCUCCGUCGUCGAUGACGAUGACUGUGUCCUCACAUCUUCUUUCCGCACAGUCUUCCCUUUCGAUCUCAACCUGCCCCCACCACAGACGACGCACCCCGUUGAUUUUUCCGGUGAUGAUCUUCACGCCACCGCCUUGCGCCUGUGAUGUUCCGACGCCGAUGUAAUGGUCCUUUCUUUAAUAUAAUUUUCGUUUUCGAAAUCUUAUUUUCUCGAGAAAAUCAUCAAGAAAAAAGAAGGGGACGAUUGGUAUUAGGUUGGUUGGUGGGUUACAAGAGAAAUUUAUGAUGUUAGAUUUAUAUGUAGAUUAGUAUUGGUGUUGUUUAUGCGAUCUGCGAUUUUCUUCAGCUCUUGAUUGUUAUCUGUGUUGUUGAAGUUGAAAAGAUCGUUUCACAGAGCAGGAGAUCAGAUCUGGAGUUUUGGUCUCCUGAUCUGCUUCUCCUUCAUUCCCAA